AUGUUCUCCCUCAACCAGAUAGUCCGCCGCAGCGGCGAUAACAACAUCGGUCUUUCCAACACUCUCGUCGACCUCCUGAUCUCACUCCUUGUCCUCGUCUUGCUCGCCCUCGCCCUGGUCGGUGGUCUAUUCAUUAUCCGCCGGAAGCGUCGGUCAAACAACAAGGAAUCCGUUCUUCCCGUCCACAACGGCCAAGUCCCUACCAGCCAGCGCCGGUUAACAAUCACCGCCAACAAGCAUGACUCGGUCAUGGUCUACGACGAGAAGUGUGCUUUGAUGGAGAACUCCGAUAGCCCCCCACCCAGCCCGGUUCCCGAGAUCCGCAUCACCUUCCCCGAGGAGGAGGAUGAGUCUGGCCGCCGCAAGUCCGGCCGCAUGGUCGUCGUUCGGAUCAGCGAGGCCGGCAGCGUGGGCCUGGAACCUUGCCACGAAGAGCUGCCCCCGUACCAGACCACCGACAGCGGUCGGUUCCACUCUCUGGAUAUCGAGCGCAUGGGUGGUCUAAAGGAGAAGGGAGAGGUCAAGAACUACUCUUAA